GCCGAAGAGAUGUUUCACGAAGAGGCCGAACAGGUGAAGUACGAAGAGGCCGAAGAGAUGUAUCACGAAGAGGCCGAACAGGUGAAGUACGAAGAGGCCGAAGAGAUGUUUCACGAAGAGGCCGAACAGGUGAAGUACGAAGAGGCCGAAGAGAUGUUUCACGAAGAGGCCGAAGAGGUGAAGCACGAAGAGGCCGAAGAGAUGUUUCACGAAGAGGCCGGAGAGGUGAAGCACGAAGAGGGCGAAGAGAUGUUUCACGAAGAGGCCGGAGAGGUGAAGCACGAAGAGGCCCCUGUCAAAGUUGAGUUUGCCUUGGAGGACACACAGAGCACCCAACUGCCCUCACAGGAGCCUGCGGUCGUCCGGCCGAUAGAGGACACCCUGGAGAAUGUCUUGGAAGGCAUCAAGACUGGGAAGCUCGCAGCUCUGGCAGACACCAUGGAAGAGGAAGUUGGCUUUAAGGAUUCUCUCUGGGAGAGCAUGGCUCCGAGGAACGCUGUUCAGGCUUUUUUGGGACGCUAUACACACGCACGCAAGCCUGAGUACCACUUCGAGUACGUCACAGACGACAACAUCAACUACCUGGUCGAGCUAGUUACACCUGCCUUCUUUGGGCGGCACUAUGGGGGUUAUGUGCCAGCUGAGAAGCACUCGGCCGAGACGAAUGCAUGUCUGGCAUUCAAACACGACCCAGAGGUUGACAGAGCAAGGAGAAUGCUGUUGCCUCCGCUUCAAAAGAUUCGCCAGCAUUGCAUGCUGAGCAAGGCCCAGAAGGAAGAGCUGAGAAAGAGAGGCUUUAAUCCAGAGGUCGUCCAAAACGAUAUCUAUAUGCUUGUGUACAGCGGCUUCAGACCACUCGGCUGUUGCACAGCGUUCUGGGACGGUAACGUUUCGGAGCCGCCGAUGAUUGGCAAGAAGCCUGAGUGA